CUAAGAUGAAGAGAAUGGAGCAAUCACACCAAAAGUAUCAAUCAUAUUCUUGAUUUUAUAUUAAGAUGAAAUAAGAUGAUCUUCAGGGUGAUUUUGCAAUAUGCAUCUUUUGCUAUAAAUCUUUCAUAAUAUUCCUUUCAUUUUAUAUAUAUUUAUAUUUUUGUACGUUUAAUCAGUGGAUCAGUGAAGCGUUAUUUAAGCAUUGACCUGACAUUAUGUAGUCUAUAUUUUAAAACAGAUUGCAUCAAUAGUAUGUUGUAAUCCGUUUUUGUAAACCCCCUUGAAUACAUAAUGUGUUUAUUGGCACUUGAUCAUAUUUUUGUCUUAAUUCUCUGCCUCUAGUCAUGCAGAAAUGUUGAAGCUCUGCCCCUGGAGUUUUAGGCCUUUUGUAGAUAUUGGUACGGAGAAUAUACAGACUUUAUUAUAUCAUUGUCUUUUUUUGUAUAUGGAAUAAAUGAGUGUAUUUUCAUUCAUGGUGCUGUGUUGCUAUAAUGUAUUUACUAAAUAUCACACAAAGUAUAAAGCAUUAGCCUCCCACAUGAGAUUGUUGUAAAAUUUAUUUCAUCGCGUGUGACUGAAAUAAUGAAAAUUCUUGUUUAAUUAUAGGGUAAUAAGUUUUAACCAAUAACAAACGUGGCUCUUCCGUGAAACAGAGAAUGCAGCAGUAAGCAAAAAUGUUUUCACUUUCACUAAUGUAGCUCAGACUGCGAUCGACGCCAGCAGUCGGACAACACUCCCAUAUUCUUUCUGUUAUAGACGAGAAAUCUUGUUGAACCUCUAAGGAGAUUAUUUUAUGCUAUUAAUAGACUAUUAUGAUCUUUUGAUGUACGUGAAGUCCGAGUAGAUCUAUUUGGAAAGCGGGUCAUCGACAAGAUCAAGACCAGGAAAGAUGGCAUCAGAUUAUCAGAUUGGAGAAGCACUCUUAAUAGGGGUGGUAAGACAUCAGGUAAUGACCGUGGCAACAGAAGGAAACGCAGUGACUCUUCCUGAAGUUCCAGCAAUAAGCAACAGCUAUGACCAGAAGCUUGUUGAACAGCUGGCAGAGACCAUCAGAGUGAUCGGUGACAAACUUGAUCAGGAUACAGAAUUUAAUGACGCAUUUGAUGGUUUAGUUAAAGUGUGUGAUAAAAACAGUUUCUGGAAAAUUGUGGAGAAAGUUUUCAAGGAUGAUCAGAUCAACUGGGGAAGAAUUGUAGUGCUGUUCUAUGCAGUUGGAAAACUGGCGGCAAAGAUGGUCAUGGCACGCCUACCCUGUAUUGUUUCUGAUAUUCUGGCCUUAAGUCUUGAUUACUUCAAGAGAUAUCUGUUGGAUUGGAUUUGCAAAAUGGGAGGAUGGGUUAAAAGUAUCCCUGCACUGGCCCAAUUCGCUAUAGAGCAAUUUUCUCGUACUUCACCGAAAAAUUAUUCUUUCGUUUUUGGAGCUGUGUUGACCUUCACAAGUGGUGCACUGUUAGGAGCUUUCAUUUUCUGGAGACUUCACAAAAGCAGCUAAGAUGAAGAGAAUGAAGCACUCACAACUAAAAUAGCAACUCUUUAAGACCUCAUUGUUGAACGUUAAUGAUGACAAGAUUAUAUGCAGCGUGAUUUUGUAAUAUGCAUCUUUUUCUAGACCUAUACGUUUAUUGUAACAUUACUUUUAUUUUUAUAUGUAUGCAUAAUAUUUUUGUAAAAGAUAUUUAUUCUGGUUACAGUUAUUAAGUUUAAGAAUAAUAACUCAGGACAGUCUCAGGAAGUUAAACUGUAACCUAUGAUGUCAUAAAUCAUAUAGAUGUUUCUCAAAAGAAAAUCGUUUUGUCCACCCCCUCGUAUAUGUAAUGCAUAUGAUGACUUAUUAAGAAAAUCACUCCACAGAAAUGUUUUUGUCUUCUUUCUUUCUUAAAUGUUCUGUGCCUUUAAGAUACAGGUUCAAUUAUGUACUUCGUAAUAUCAUUAUUUUCUUUGUAUGGAAUGAAUGGAUGAGGAUGUAUGAUUUCAUUACUGUUUAUUGUUAGUGAAUUAAAACUUGAGCCUCUCUUGUUAAAGGUUCAGUAUAAAUAGUAGCCUAUUCAUGAAUAAUUUUCUUAUCAAAAUAUGGUAGGCUAUAACAUACACU